CGCCUCGGCGCGGCGGCGGGGAGGGCGCGGCGCUGCGGGCCUGCCCCUGCUGCCUGCCCCCGCUGCCUGCCCCCGCGGCCGCUCUCCCGCCGGGCGCCGCGGCGACGGUUACUUAGCGGCUGGCAGCCGGCGGCCGCUCCCUCCUCCCUGCCUCCUUCUGUGCCGCCGCUCUCUCCGCCCGGGGAGCGCUCACACCGAGCGAGCCCGCGACGCGGCCCCGCCAUGACCAAGGAGGCAAAGAAGCCGUUCCGGCAGAGCGUGGCCGAGUGGCGGCAGUUCGUCUACAACCCGGACAGCGGCGAGUUCCUGGGGCGCACGGCCAAGAGCUGGGGUUUGAUCUUACUAUUCUACCUGGUAUUUUAUGGCUUCCUAGCAGCGCUCUUCACAUUCACAAUGUGGGUUAUGCUUCAGACACUGAGCAGUGACAUUCCAAAGUACCGUGACCGGAUUUCUAGUCCAGGGCUUAUGAUUUCACCAAAGCCAGACACUGCACUGGAAUUCUACUUUAACAAGAGUGAUGCCAAUUCAUAUGCACAAUACAUAUCUACACUUAAAAAAUUUCUUGAAACGUAUGAUGAUUCAAAGCAAUCCGAAAAUAUAAACUGUACGCCAGGAAAGGUUUUUGAUCAGAAUGAUGUUGCUGAUAAAAAGGCAUGUCGAUUUAAUCUCUCUGAGCUUGGACAAUGCUCUGGAAAGGAAGAUAAGACCUUUGGCUAUUCUAAAGGAACUCCCUGCGUGCUUGUGAAAAUGAAUAGAAUAAUUGGAUUAAAGCCUGAAGGAGAACCAUAUAUACAGUGUACAUCUAAGGAACAAGACAUGGUUGAGAUAAAUUAUUUUCCUCCAGGAGGCUCGAUUGACUUAAUGUACUUUCCAUACUAUGGGAAAAGCUUGCAUGCUCACUAUUUACAGCCUCUAGUGGCUGUUCAACUAGCAAUUAACUCCAACAGUACCAAUGAAGAAAUAGCAAUUGAGUGUAAGAUCCUGGGCUCACCUAAUUUAAAAAAUGAAGAUGAUCGCGACAAGUUUCUGGGACGAAUUGCCUUCAAAGUUCAGAUGACUGAAUAGCAGGAGUAAAAAGUUCUCCACAAAGUAAACGUUGUGUUGUCUGUUUUGUAUCAGCUGGACAUGCCAUUCUAGGAUAUGAGACCACCUUGGAGAAUGUUAAGGUGGCUUAUGGCAUUCAGGGUAGCAUAACAAUAUGCUUCCAAAUCGUAUGUUUAAAAUCCCUCAAAAUAAAUGCCUAUCAUGCUUCUGCCUGCCCCAUUGGAACAGUGUACAGACUAUAGUUAUGUCAUAGGGACCUGUAAAUAGCUGUUUUCAAACACUUAAUAAUGGUGACCUUUGUCCUGUUCUAAAAUGUGGUUUUAUCCCCCAAGUGAGUGUCUCAAGCUUAAUGUGCUGUGCUAUGUAAAUAUUGUAUUGAUUUAACACUGGUUUAACUGUCAUAUCUCAAUGCUGACACAGUUACAGGGAUAAAUAAUAAAUGGUACCUGAUCGA